CAGCUUUCCGAAACUCCUCCCUCCUCCUAUCUUUGCAGCCUUGACCUGAGAGCCGGGCGAAAGGCCGCAGCGCUUUGGUUGGCACGGAGGCGGAGCCGGAGCUUUGACGGAAAAGAAGCCUUUGAAAGGAGCGGGCAUUGCUUCCUUUCCCGGGGAGAAAAAGCCGGCGAGGAGGUCGAGAGCCAUGGCUGGCUUCCUGGAGCUGGGCACCAAGGCGAGGAUGCCCCUCCUGGGGCUGGGCACUUGGCAGGCAGCUCUUGGGAAAGUCGGAGAUGCCGUGAAAGUUGCAAUUGACCUUGGGUACCGCCACUUCGACUGCGCUCGCUUUUACAGGAAUGAGGAAGAAAUUGGGGAUGCCUUCCGGCAGAAGAUAAAGGAAGGAGCGGUGAAGCGGGAAGAACUCUUCGUUGUCACUAAGCUCUGGUGCAAUUCCCAUGAGAAACCCCUUGUUAAGAAAUCGUGUCAGGAUUCUCUAGCAGAUUUGAAACUGGACUACUUGGAUCUCUACCUCAUGCACUUUCCCAUGGGAUUCAAGCCUGGAGAAGAUUUAUCACCUAAAGAUGAGGAGGGCAUGGUCAUCCCAGACAACACUGAUUUUCUAGACACAUGGGAGGCAAUGGAGGAGCUGGUCAACUGUGGGCUAGUGAAAGCCAUUGGCAUCUCCAACUUCAACCAUGACCAGAUCGAGAGGCUCUUGAGCAAACCUGGCUUAAAAUACAAACCAGUGAAUAACCAGAUCGAGUGCCACCCAUAUCUUACCCAGGAGAAACUGAUUCCCUAUUGCCAGUCCAAAGGGAUUGCCGUGACGGCUUACCGCCCUUUCGGUGCUCAUACUCUCAAGCCAGGAGACCCUAUCCUUUUGGAGGAUCCACAUAUUAAACAAAUUGCUGCAAGGCAUCAAAAAACUGUAGCUCAGGUACUGAUAAGAUUUCACAUCCAGAGAAACGUGGCUGUCAUUCCCAAGUCUGAAAAACCAUAUCGCUUGGAGGAGAAUUUCAAGGUCUUUGACUUUGAAUUGACAAAAAAAGAGAUGGAAACACUCCUGAGUCUAAAUAAAAACUGGAGAGACUGUGCGAUGGCUCACUGUGUCAAUCACAAAGACUACCCGUUCAAGGCAGACUAUUAGUGUGGAUGCACCACCAACAUCUCUGAAAUAAGAGACUAUGGGAUUCCUGUAUUGUGUUUUUGGUACCUAUUCUUAUUUGUAGAGAAUCAUACCUGGGGAAAACAUAAUAAAAGAGGAUUUGCUGAGGAAGGUAGUCUGCUGAGGCACCACAAAUACUUAUAACAUUGAAAAGUGAUCCUUUCUUCCCUGCAAAACCAUAGUGCCAUCAUGGUUGGUGAAGUCUUGAUUGCAGACCAGAUAUUCAUACUAUGAAUUCUCUUUGUGAUUAUCUUUGCAUUAAUUUUACCAAAGAAAAGUUAGCCUUCAGUUCCAAAUUAUAUAAUCCAUUUUAAGAUCUGAAAUGUAUGCACAAAAGCAGCCAGUAUUCAGUCAUUUGUUAGUGUUGAUGUUUAUGUGCCUCACUGCCCUGGAAGGAGGGCUGUAGUUCCAACAAACACAGAGUACAGACCCAUUCACAAUUUCAACCUUCUCCUAAAUGGCUAUAAAAUGUUGCUACAGCAUUAGAUUUAUUUGUGUUCAGUGUUGAGUUCCUCCCUGGAUAGUUUCUGGCCCAGAAGUUUCCUGCAACAAUGCAACAUACUGCUGCCAAGCAAUUCUAGAAACCUGUAAAGUCUAGACUCCUGGCAUCAUAUCUUUCCUUCUUCUCUUUGCUUGCUGUUUCCUCUUCAUGCUAACUUUCCACACAGAAGAAAUAUUUCAUGAGGGGCAUUUCAAUAACUUACCUGCCUCUUAACAGUACUUUGAGAAGACAGCCCCCUUAGCAGGAUGUAGUGAGGAACAGGGGCUGGAUUUCUAUGUCUCUAGUGAAAUUCCUGACUUUUUGCAGGACCAAAGCUCGGCAGAUACGGAUAUCUAGCCAGGUUAGCUGCCUUGCUAAUUAGACUGCAAAACAGUGGACAAGGCAGCUGAGGUUUCUGGAAGUUGUGCAGCAACACUACAAGAAGGGGCUUCAUUCUUACUAGAGUUGUGAGUAUAGCAAUGUUUCCCAAACUCUAGUCCUCCAGGUGUUUUGGACUUCCAACUUCCAGAAGCCUCAGCCGUCUUGCCCAAUGAUCCGGGAUUUUGAAAGCUCAAGUACAAAAUAUCUGGAAGACCAGUUUGGAAAACACUGCUAUACCCACAGCUCUGCCUAGAGGGUGACAACACCAAAAGAAAGUGGAUGCCACUUUAGAGCAGCACUAUUACAAAGGGUUUUUCAAUCUGCCCUGGUUUGGCGCUUUCCUCCCUUGAGAGGAGAGACCCGCAGUCAUGGGACUAACAUGUGUAAUGCCUGAUUCAAUUUGUACCUUAUGUUUUAUCCUUUGAAAAAUCAUAAUGAAGAAAAAAAGACCUAAUGAUCCAGUUAUCUGGUAGACAUACUUCAUUUAUUGUGAAUUGCAGAUACUGGUUUAUUGCAGACAUUCAGAUGUAAAGAACCCAAAAGUGUACUUUAAAAAGGAAAAAAAUAACAACCAUCAAACAAUAAAGAAAGACAGAUCCAAAGUCA